GGGAAGAGAAAGAAUGAUAAGAGAAAAACAAAAAUAAUACGAGAGAAAGAAAUGUUGUUAUCUUUGUCGACUGACUCACUUUGUGGAGUUUAAUGGUAUCGUUUUGUGUGUCUUUGGCUGUGUGUGUGUGUGUGUGGGGGGGGGGGUGUGAAUGAGAGCUGGUGUGAGGCGGGCUGUGCGGUUGGCUGGUGCUGAUGGUCGGGGAGAUGGGGGCUGCUGGAGAGAGAGGGAGAGCGGUGUGUGCGGACGGGGCUCAUCUCGUACGGCCUGUGGAGGAGCGGAGACGGGCGGAGAGCCGGAGCGCACGGCCUUGUGGGCGUUGUAGUUCCUUCGCUCCGCGCCUGCGUGGGGUAGAGGAGACGGAGACUACAACUCCCGGCCUGCCCCGCGGGGCUGGAGCCGGUGCCGGCCGGUGGCCCGGCUCGCUGCACCUGCGCACUGGCUCUUCACGUUUACCUCACUGUGUUGCCGCGACGCAGCCUAACGUGAUUAUUUCAGCCGGGAGGACGAGAACGGAUAGGGGCGUGAUUGACUGCUCCUUCGGCCAAUAGGGAGCCCGGGUGCUGCCAGCUGUUGGGCGGAGUGGCCAAUGAGGGGCGCGGAGUGGGGCGGGGUUAGCGGGCCAGUCAGGUUAUUUGCAGUGUUGCUAGUUACAGUCUGUUAGUUGGGGACUGGAGGCAUUGAGGCGCACACACGGGCCGUCUCCUUGUCAGUCCAGCGGCUCUGAGACGGAUGGGAAUUCAGCUGGAAAAGACGGUGGGAAGUAAGCGGUGUGAGCUGUUGUGUUUAUUUUCCCCCUUUACAAAAGGAUGUGGGGAUGGCUGGACAGAGAGAGAAAGGAGAUAGUUCAAGGUGCUACUUGUGAGGGGUACGAUACAUCAGCCACAGAGACCGACGAGUAAGACCCGGGAUGCAGCACGGAAGCCAGGAAAUGCAUGGGGAAUAUUGAGCCGGGGGCACAGGAGUCCUUCAGUGCUUGUUGGUGUGAGCAGUGGAAAAAAGGGACGAUUACCAUGGUAACACUAAUCACAGAAAAGCUGCAGAAUCAGAGUUUGGAGGAUAUUGCUUGCAAAGCCUACAGCAUUAAUCUGCACUCAUCUGAGAAACUGAAUAAAAGUGGCAGCUUGUUUCCAUACGAAAUCAAUGAGGAAAGUCCGUGGGGAGUUAUAAACAGGACUUGUCCGAAAAAAGCAGAGGCAAACCGCAAUGUGGCUUUUCCCUUCUCGUCGUGUGCAUUUACCCACGGUCUGGCAGACCAUGUUGGCUUGCAGUGGCAGAAUGAGCCAACCAGGAGCUCAGUGGUGUCUGGUUGGAUCAGCGAGGUGAGUCUGAACGAGAACGCCAACACACCCCUGGCACCGCCCACCAAACGACACUGUCGUUCCCUCUCGGAGCCUGACGAACUGUCGCGUUGCCGGUCUCCGUGGAAACCCAGUGGCUCCAAGGUCUGGACUCCCGUUUCCAAGCGUCGGUGCAACAGCGGGGGCAGUGCCACCCUGCAGCGCUGCAACAGCCACGGAAGUGCCACCCUGCAAAGAAGCACCAGCAUCAACCUGCUCCAGUUCACCAGCAAACACACCCUGUCUUUAAACAGCAGCAUCUUCAGCAUCACCAGCUUCAACACAUCUCCGGUACCCAGACCCUCGUCUGCCAGCAGCGGCUUCGUGGACAGUAGCGAGGGGAGCACAUCGAGCGUCCGCUGGAACUCUGCUGGUCCCUUUGGUUUUCACCCCAGGCGCCGCCUCUCCCUCUCGCAGGAGCACAUUGCAGAGACAACAAACCUGUUGCCGUCAGCAAACAGCACUCCUACAUCCACGCCAGAGCUGAGUCGCCGGCAAGGACUGCUGCGGUGUCGCUCGCAGCCUUGCGUGCUGAACGAGCGCAAAUGUGGGCUGAAGCGCAGACGGGAGGAGGACGUCAGGUGGACUCGGCCGUCCUUGGACUUUCUUAAGAUGACUCGGACGUUAAAAAACUCAAAGAGCCUUUGCUCUCUGGACUAUGAGGAAGAUGAUGAUGAAGAUGAUGAUGACGACGACCACCAUAUGAAGACAAUUGUAUCGUCUCCGUGUGACUCGAGCGACCUUUUAAUGAGCAUCAUCACCCCAGGCUCUAGCCCCAUCAAAGAGCAUGACCCUGCCAGGUACCACAUCCCUGGUGGGCGAGACGGCUGCUGCUCAAGGAGUUGCGGGAAGGAAGUGGGCGCGAGUGAGAGCGAGGAAGACACAAGCGAUUGCGAGAGCACCGAAGAAGGAAUAUUCCCCCUGGACUGUGGUGAUCUGGAUCUAGAACAAAUCGAGAACAACUAACGGGGCCGACUUGUCGUUCCUCAAUCGGACUGGUUGUUUUUUAUACUUUUUGUUGUGGUAGAGGAUUACCUUUGCAUAACCCCGUGUCCAUUAUAUAAAAAAAAAUUCUAUUGGUUAAUCCGGGCUGCUUGAAGGUUUCUUGUGCAAAGCGUCAGUAGCCCACGUCAUUGUGUGUGCACGAAAGAAAGUUAAAGGGGGUUCGGUGACUUUUUAACAGCGGACGCACUGCUUUUCGCCAGUGCUUGAUGUUUGAGCAGCCUGCGGGGCAAUUAAAAGAGUGAUUUCAAUUGAAUUUCAUCCUGCAGGAUAUUUUUGGACUCUGUAGCUUUCGAGAUGGAAGAGAAACGCUGACCUCCUGCAAAGUGGAUGUUUUUUUAAAAAGAAAAACGGGGGCAGUCUCUUAAUAAACCGCCCAGGUUUAAGUACAGUGGUGUCUGUAUGGGUAUCUUGCUGCUCUUUUUUUGUGGAGAGAGAGAAAAAAGUCAGUGUUGACUCUUAACAUUUUACACUGAGAGAAAAGUAAAUGGCUUAGUUUUUUUAUAUAUU